CGUCGCCCAAUCGAGCAAUCCACCGCCAGUGUGAGUGCAACCACCAGAGACACAACAUCAUGUCGGCGCCAACAGACGCGAAGCCGUCACCCCUCUUCUUCAACAGCGCGCGUGGAUCGCGUCAGUCGCCCUUCGGCCGGCCGGGCUCCAUCAGACAGGGCUCUCCCUCUACAGCGCGUCCUUCAACACCAACAAGCUCGCCGCUGAAGCCGAAAGAGACACCAGGUGCCUUGUCGCCAGCAUCCCUCCGCCAGGCCACGGCCAGCAAUGCCUCCCAGAAUGCGCCGCCAUGGCUGAAGACGGGAGGCGCAGCAAGUGCAGGGGAGCCGCCUGGCUCGCCCUCACAGCUUCGUUCGCCGUCGAGAGAACUGCGGUCGCCUUCGAGAGAGCCGCUGUCUCCGGGGCCACAGCUGCUCUCACCGUCUCGCGACCGAUCAGAACGACCAGAGUACGCACGCAAUAUGUCCAGCUCCACAAACGCUACCGUACGGCCACUCAGCACGGCAUCACUCGCUGCAAAGUUCGACGGCGGUAGAGAAAGAUCAAGCACACCUCCUCUGCUCUCUCGAGACAGCACCACGCCGGUCGUCGAAGAAGCGGUCGAGAUGACCAUGGAGAAGCGCGCGGAAAAAGCCAUCAAGACGGCCAUCUCUCCCUCGAAGCCUGUCCUCGUCGAGUCGAAACCAGUGCAACGCCCGCCCGCCCGACCACCCAUGAUCCGCCAAACCACAAACGACGCACUCUCCAAACUUCCUCCACCGCUCCUCCACAGCAUGCGCGAAUCCUUCAGCGUCAUGGACCGCGACGACGACGGCCACGUCAACGCCGCCGACGUCGCAGACAUGCUCUCCCAGCUCGGUCUCUCUGCCACGCCCUCCACACUCGCUACCUACUUCAAUGGCGCGCAAUCCAUAAACCUCGCUACAUACCUCAACACACUCUCCGAUCUGCUCGGCGGGCUCUCGCGGCCCAAUGAGCUCAGUGCAGCGUUCGAAGCGUUCGAUGAUGGGGAUGAUGGACAGAUCGACCUUGCCGAGUUGAAGGAUGCGUUAUUGCAUACUGCGCCGGAUGCAGGAGAGCACCGGCUAACGGAGAGGGAGAUUGAUAUGGUCGUUGAGGGGUUCAGUGGGAGGAGGGCGUUUGGCAAGGGUGGGAAGGGGCUAGGUAGGGGCGAGGUGUUUAGGUACCAGGAGUUUAUGGCGAGUUUGACGGGCGGUGGGGGAGGGGAGAACGGAGCCGCGCCGGCUCCAGCGUGA